AUGGCUGAUGAAGAAAAAGGAUCAUCUGCUUGGUACAAAGUUCCUACAUGGGAUGGGAACCCUUCGACCUUCCGAACCUUUCAAAGGGAGAUGAGUUGGUGGAUGGCGUCGAUGGACGCAUCGUCGUGCACCAAAUACAAUGUUGCAGCUCGUUGGACAUUGCGCCAAACAGGCAUCGUUCGAGCUCGAUGUGAAGAGUUCACUCCCGAAGAAUUGGCCGGGAAGACUGAAGUGAGGGGUACAGACCCAUCAUCUGGCGAAGAGGUGGUCCUUGAAGAGGCAGACCCUUGGUUUGGCAUCCGCAAACUUAUGAAGGCUCUUGAAGAGAGCAUGGGAAGGACCAUCCUCGAUCGAAAAGGUGAACUUCGACGCCAGUUUUACCAAGACCUCAAACGAAACGCUGGCGAGAGAAUCAGCACCUUUUGCACCCGCUUUCGAACGCUUGUGUCGGAGAUGCGUCGAGAAGGCAUUACAUUGCCAAGCGAGGAGUUGGGUUGGUUCUUGCGAAAUCGCUUGGGGCUCGAUGCAAUUCGAGUCCAGUUGCUUGAUACAGCGUUGAGGGGUCGUGAAUCCUAUGAGGAAGUUGAAGCUGAAGCAUUGAGACUCUUCCGUGAUUUGCAUAGUGAAGAUCCUUUGCAUCGGAAGAGCGCCACUGAUAGAUCACCAUUGCUCAGCCGCUUCCUCAGCCAGUCUCAGUCGGGAGCCUCAUCUUACAGAACCUCACUCCCCUCCAGCGGUGGUUCAUCGUCCUUUGGUACUCGGUCGUACAGGUCGUCGUCGGUUGGUGGCAGUUCACAGAAGAGUUUUAGACAACCUCCCAAGCCUCCACCUCCACGAAGUGCCAUGGUCGCUGAAGGGCUUGCUGACGAAGUCCUUGAAGGCGAAGACGAUGAAGAGGAGUUGGUUCCAGAUCAGCCAGAGGCCAAUGCAAGUGGCCUUGAAGAGGUUUUGACGGCGGAAGCCGAAGUGUUGGCGGCAGAGAUUCAGGCUCUUGAGGAAGAGGGCAUGGAACCUGACGUGCUGGAAGCCCUAGAAUGUGGAGUCGAACAAGCCGCUGAGUCGCUUGUCACAAUGCGUGAGGCUCGCCAUAAGAUUGCCGAGAUCAAGAAGGAUCGAGGAUAUGGAAAGCCUAUGAGCCAACCUGCAAAACCUCGAUUCACAGGCAAUCAAGUCAAUGGCAAGAAAGCCAAGUCGAGUUGUUGGGAUUGCGGCCAGCAAGGCCAUUGGAGUGGAGACCAUGGUUGCCCAAACCCUGGAGCAGGACUCUACAAGCCCAAGAAUAGCAAUCCCAAGCCUCAGAAGCAAGUGCGUGUGGCUGAAGCUUUGACUACAGAGCUUUCCGCUGACCCCACUGCACCUGCGGAUGAAGCUCAUGAAGUGUUGACAUUGUCUCGCGUGAGUCGUCCAUCCACGUUGUCGGAAGCCUUGCGCCAGUCGAACGAAGUCCAUGUGAGCCAGUUGGCCUCCCUAUCCAUGGACAAACGACUGAUGGGUGCCUUGGAUUCAGCUUGUAACAGAACUUGUUGUGGAACAGCUUGGUUGGAUCAUUACCUCACCGCACUCAAUGCCGCGCCCCAGGAGAUCAAAUGCUUGGUUCAACAAUGCCCUGAGCAGGAGACAUUUCGUUUCGGUGACGGCGGCACACAGAAGAGUUCUUACAGAAUCAGGUUGCCGAUGGUCAUUGGGACAGAUUUGGUCCUCACUUGGGUAUCCAUCAUUCCAGUUGAGAGUUUGGGACUACUUCUGGGACGGGAUCGGUUGGAUGGAGUUGGUUGCGUGUUGAGCUUUUCCAAGAAGAUCAUGAGGGCUGAUCAUUUGUCGGGCAAGCACAUUUCUUUGCACCAGUUGACGGCAGGACAUUUUGCAUUGCGAUUGAUCCCUUCGGAGUGGCCCAGGUUUCUCAUCCGCCUGCAAACAAGAGUCCUAUGGCACGUGCACGGCAUUUGCUUAUGGUUGUGUCGGCGGCCGUGGCUGCGCUAUGUGCCCUUUCCGUAUCCUUCAAUCAGCAGCCUGAUGCAGUGGCAAUUGCAGGCACAAAACAUGGUGGCCAAUGGAGCGUUGCCCAAGGCUCAUUUCCAAAGAGCCCAGACUCUCCAAAGCUUCACGGCCGCAAAUUUGAAGGAGUGCAUGUGGCUUCGAGACCGCCUCGGUUGGCAGACCUCAUUUGUGGAAGAUCCCAUGCUUCAAGGGAUGCUGGCAGCUCGCAGUUCAAAAGGAAUCGCCAGCAAGAUUCGCCAGGAGGCAGUUUCAGAGGCUCGAGCUGCAGCAGACAAGGCCAAGAAGGAAGGCAAGCAAGCCGAUGCAGUUCGGGAGCUGAUAGGCCCCAGGGGAGGAUUGCCAAGUUUGAAGUCAGAUCUCCAAAAGCUUGCAUCUCUCGUUCAGGUGGAGUACAACGAGAAGACAACAGUCGAGCAGCUCAAGGCGGCCAUUCGACCGGUCGUCAAGUUGAUUGCAAGCAAGGAUCCACCCUCGGCCAAAAGCAGUUCAGCAAGUUCACACCAGGAGCCUCCAAAGGGUUUGACAACAGCCUCAACUCGUGUCAUACAAUUCCUUGAGUCAGCAGCUGUUGAAUGUGUUGAUUUUGAUCAGUGUGCAUUCCAGCUCAAGAGUGCUUCAGGUUUUCUUCACCGCAAACCCACUCGCAUUGCUACUUCGUCUUCAUGUGUUGUUGAUGAAUUGCAAGGCAUGCGUUGCAGUCGGAACCACAUCCACCAGCCAGUUCUCGGAGGAGCCAAGAUCACAAGCAGAGCUGGUCACUACCCGAUUGCACUUGCUCGAGCUAUUGUUCGAGGCCUUGAGAAACAGUUCCACCUCGACCAUGCCAAGUGUCGUGAAGUGUUGGCUGUUGAUGGGGCGGAGGAGGAAAAGCCUGAGGAGGAAGGAGGUGCAACCAUGGAUCCGUAUGACACAGAAUCAGAGAUCUCUUCAGUUGAUGAAGAUGGUGCACCCGAAGCAAGAGUUUCCUCAGCAGUUCGGCAAGCUGUCAAACGCUUGCAUGAGAACACAGGUCACCGUUCAAACCGUCGCUUGGCAAGGGCUUUGGUUUUGUCUGGUGCCCCCAAAGAAGUGAUCUUGGCAGCCAAAACGUUGAAAUGCAGCCUCUGUGAUGAGAAAAGGCGACCCAAAAGCCAUCGGCCGACGUCGUUGCCUACGCCCAAAGAUGUUUCGGAUCAGGUGCACAUAGACAUUUUUGAGUGUUCAGAUAUCACAGAGCAGCGUUUUUACAUUGUGCAUUGCAUUGACUGGACCAGCAGGUUCCAAAUGGCAGAAGCUUUGGAACACAAAGACUCCGACAGCAUUGUUCACUGGUUCCAAGAACGUUGGAUGAGCGUGUUUGGGCCUCCAAGGGUCAUUGUGGCCGACCAAGGCCGCGAAUUCAUUUCCUGGGCAUUUCAGGAGAUGUGUGAUCGCCACUCCAUCCUUUUGCACCACAUUCCCAUUCAGGCGCCUUGGUGCAAUGGUGUAUGUGAGAGAGGUGGAGGCAUCUUAAAAGGCCUUUUGGAGUGUUGUGUCAAAAGCCGCUCAGUCGCAGGGUUGUCAGAUAUGAAGUUGGCUCUACAAGAGUGCACUCUGGCAUACAAUGCAGACAUCAAUGAAUUAGGAGUCAGUCCAGCUCAAGCUGCUAUUGGCCGACAACCCAGGAUGAUUGGGGAUGUGUUGGGCAAUUUUGGGCAGAGGCUUGCUGAACAUGGUCUAAUAGAUGGACGCCCGUCGCUGGCGAGGCAAAUUGCUUUGAGAGAAACAGCAAAAGUUGCUAUGACCAGGCUUCAUUUCUCCAAAGGCAUUCGUAGAGCCGAGCUUGCACGAUCCCGGAGCUCCACCAUGUCGCAGCCGCUUGAACCUGGGGACAUUGUUUAUUUUUGGAGAGAGUCCAAGUACAACUCCAAAACCGCACCUUCGAAGAAGAGGUUGUCCCUGAGGAGAUGGCACGGCCCGGCCCUUCUCGUGGCCCUAGAAGGUCAUAAUGCUGGAUAUGUGUCCUUCAAGGGACAGCUUUCAAAGUGCGCCAGAGAACAUUUGAGGAGCGCCUCGUCGAUGGAACAGAUUUCUGCAGAGGUCUGGCACGAUGCAAUACAGGAUUGCGUUGAAGCGGCAUUGCAUGAUGUCAAACGACAGAGCUCCGAAGAUGUUGGCCCAAACCUUCCACCACCUCCGACGCCUUCAGUGGUAGUUGAUCCAAGUCCCUUACCGACAGUGCCUGAACAACACGCAGUGCAAGAUGAUUUGCCACCUGUUGCCCCAACAGAGUUGUUUCAAGCCCUGGAUGGAGGAGGACUGGGUGUUUUAGGAGGAGGGAGUCACUUUGGGAGCGAGCUUCCAGGCAGUGGCAGUUUGAGCAGAAGAGCAUCUUCCAUGGCAGCUUCCAGUCGCGGGCCCUCGCGACAGAUGAGUCAUGCUGCACCUGGCACGCCUGUGCCCCCGUUGAUCACAGGUGCUAGUCAAGCAUCGCCGGUCACUCCACCGUUGAGUUCCCGCUUGUCAGCUUCGUUGGAUGCUGCUAGAGAGCUUGACGAGCAGACGGGAGUGAAGAGGCCUUCGGAGGUUGAGUCAGAGCAGCCCCAAAAGAUGCUGCGUGAAGAUGAAGAGCAUUCGGUGUUGGUGGCCACCUCGGUGAUUCAGAAUGUGCUCAAGACCAAGCGGGCACUUGUUUCCAGGUAUGCCAAAGACACUGCAAAUCAGUCCGUUCCAGAUGUUGAGCAAGCGCCAAAGCAAGAUGAGAUUUUUGAAAAUAUCCUCAAGAAUGCCACCAUGCAUCCCUUGAGAGCGAUACAACUGCAAGUGGAGAAAGAUAAGAAAGCAGAUGGCAACCUUGCAGUUCAAGACCAUGGCAGCUGGUCAGGCAAGUGGCCUUUGCCUACCCGCACAUCGUGGGAGGCGCAUGAGAUCAGUUGCACUCUUUGGCCUUGUGGAGAACACGAAGUCAAUGCAGCCAAGACAGCUCGUCGUGAAGUGAAAUGGAAGGACAUCCCCAUGCAUGAGCGAGCUGAAUACCGGAAAGCAGCUGAAACCGGUUGGAAAGUUCAGGUUGACAAUGGUGCUUUUGAGAUUCUUUCAGAUGAGGAGUCCGAGCGCAUCAAGGCAAAGCUGAGAGCAUCCGGUCAGUUGCACAAGAUCCUCACACCUCGGUACAUCUAUACCGACAAGCACGAUGGUCUCAGGUCAGACAGCAACCCGUUGCCCUUGUUGGCCAAUGCACGUGUGGUCAUUCCAGGGUACAAAGAUGAAACAGCAUACAGUGUCCGCAAAGAUGCACCCACAAGUUCUCGCAGUUCGCAACACAUGUUGUUCAUUGUUGCAGCAGCUCGCAAGUGGUGUUUGUGGUCAGCUGAUGUGAAGUCCGCCUUUUUGAAAGGCGAAUAUUUCCAAGAAGGUGAGCGUGAGCUGUACAUUUGCAACAUUCGUUGCACCUCUGCUGACGAGCCGAUGCUUCCUUUCAGUGCUGGCGGCUUAGCCCGUGUGCGAAAAGGAGUUUUUGGAUUAGCAGACAGCCCGAGACGAUGGUAUCUCCGGUUGAACAAGUCACUUCUUCGCUUGGGAUGGCGUCGCAGUGACAUGGAUGCAGCUCAGUGGUUCCUUUAUGGAGUCGAUGGCUCCCUACAAGGUAUUGUGGUCAGCCACGUCGACGACCUUUUGAUGGGAGGCACAGACCUAGCUGGCAAGUCCCUCAGAGCCCUAGGGGAUGAGCUUGGGUUCGGAUCGCUGGAGACAGGUUGUUUUACGUAUUCCGGCAAACAAAUCAAGCAGAAUGCUGACAUGACCAUUGAGGUCAGUAUGCAGGCCUACCAUGAGAACGUGCAGCCCAUUGCUGUCCCUGUUCACCGCAAGAAGCAACUUGAAGCAGCACUCACACCUGCCGAGCAUCGCCAGUUGAGAGCCAUACUGGGAAGCUUACAGUGGUUGGUGGCUCAAGUGAGGUGGGACAUGGGAUUUCACCUUAGUGUGUUGCAAGGCGAACCUCCAGUUGUCAAGACAUUGCUCAAAGCGAAUGCCCUGGCCCGUUUGAUGAAACAGGAUGCUGGAUUCAAGCUUCGCUUUGGUCAGAUGGACCUACAAGGUGCUGGCAUUUUGGUGGUGACAGAUGCUUCAUUAGGCAAUGUCACGAGAGCCGGUGGAGCAGAUGGUACAUUGUACACCAAGGUGUUCAGUCAGGCCGCUUACCUUGUGUUGGUUGCAGACCGCAACCUCAUGAGUGGCAAGCAAGGACGAUUCGGAGUGUUGGAUGCCCGCAGUCACAGACUCACAAGGGUGUGCCGCUCGACAUACGGCGCCGAAUUGUUGGGAUCAGAGGAAUCUCUGGACAUUGGGCUCUUCUCCCGAGGAUUGCUUGCUGAGGUUCAAGGCUUUAGUGUCUUGAAGGGGGACGAGCAGUACAACAGCUCCAUUCCUUUGGGGCUGGUCACAGAUGCAAAAGAUGUGUACGACAAGAACACAUCAGAUACGCCAACCUACGGAAGCCAGAAAUCAUUGGCAUUUACAGUGGCUUGGAUGCGUGAAGUCCUUCGCAAAGACAAGACGCAGAUCCACUGGACUUCGACCGAAAAUAUGCUGAUAGAUUGCGGUACAAAAGAGAUGAAGUCAGACCAUCUCAAAGCAGUGCUGCACCAAGGCACAUGGAGCAUGACAUACAACCCUCGGUUUGUCAAGCAAACCACAAAGCCUUUGAAGGCUGCUGCUCCAAAGGGACUUUCUCUCCCCGGUCGACUUCUGAGCGCUGAUGACCCCAUGUUGAGCCAUUUGAUGCGGCUCGCUGAGAGACCCGGCUGGCACUUCCAAGACCCACACGGAAUCCACGUGUGUAGGAACGCAAGAUCCUUUCGCAGUCCGGCUCCAAGAUUUGAUGAGAAAUCAUUUCCCCUCCGAACGACGUACGCUCGAUUCGAUACCGACCACCAAGCCGAGUGGAGAAUCCUGGAGAAGGACGUGAGAGGUGGCAAGAUGGACAUGCUUGGCGAAACCGCCGAUGUCCUGGUCACGUUGUUUGGACCUGAACCCAAACCCCAAAAUCAACAAAAAGAUAGAUCCACUGAAGAAUGA